UGAGGCACGUUCACCACCAUGUGUUUCCUGUAGCGACUAGGCAUAAGAAUGUGUGUAAACACCGACUUCGGUUGCAUCAGAAAAAAACAACAACAACAAAAAAAGCAAUAACAGUAUUUAGUAUUAAGUAUUAUAUAUAACCGCUUGAAGAUGCUCCUGUUUUGUCCAACCUGUGGGAAUGUGUUAAUCGUGGAAGAGGGACAGAGAUGCUUCAGAUUCGCGUGUAAUACAUGUCCAUAUGUGCACAACAUUACGAGGAAGGUGAAUAACAGAAAGUACCCCAAGCUGAAGGAGGUUGAUGAUGUUCUCGGGGGCUCUGCUGCUUGGGAAAAUGUGGAUUCCACUCCAGAACCUUGCCCAAAAUGUGAGCACCCAAGGGCCUACUUUAUGCAGAUUCAGACUAGAUCUGCUGAUGAACCAAUGACAACCUUCUACAAGUGCUGCAAUCUACAAUGUGGGCAUCGUUGGAGAGACUAAAUCAGAGACCUCAGCUUUGGACUUUGUUUGAGGCUCAGAAUAUGUGCUCAUAAUAGAAUAUUCGUUUUUCAUUAGAAGAUUUUAUAUUUAUUUGUUGGAGCCAUUUAAAUGUGCCAUUUAUUUGGAUUAAAAACCACAGACACCCUUUAUGCAUCAACUACUUUAUCUUCACUAUUUCAGAAUGUAUCAUUAUGACAGUAACUACAUGAUUUACAGCUUGGUUGUUCUGGCCUGAUGACUGAAUUUUGUGCGUGUGUGUGCAAGUAAUAAAAUGACUACUCAUAUGA